GCAUGCGUAUUUGAAGUUAGUGUAUAUAUCUAGCUAUCAUCUGCUAUUAUUAAUUAUAUAGUCAGUGCAACUGCAUGCAUGGUGGAAAAACUGGAUAAAGCUCCUCAACAAUGACUGUCAUUGCUGCAUUUUCCUUGAUUUUUGUAUGCUUGAUUUCAAGCUCUUCCUCACAGCCCCGGUUUGGAAGACCACGUGGCUGCCUUUUGAACAGACUGGAUGUCCUUAAUUGUACAAUUGUGAAUACAGCCCGCACAGAUGUUCCACAACCAAAUCAGUAUGCUAUCUAUACCACAAGAAUACGUGGGAAUUGAAACUCCAGAACUUGCGUGAUUCGAAGCAGAGAUGACAUUGUGCGGCCACUCGAUACAAUAGGAGGAGACCCACGCGUUUACUACCUCUUUUCACCAGGGAGGUCAUUGGCCAACCCAACAAAUUAUGGCAACCAGUUUCUAAUGAAGUAUAGAGUGCAGUGUCCGGAUAAUCAUUUUGCUUUCUUCAAUCUCACAUCUCUGGAAAUUGAGGAGCCGAUAUGCGAGGAUCGUAAUUUCCCUCAGCCAAGGUGCAUCGAUUCCCUCCAAGUGAGCAGAGGUGGAGGAGGGUUUGGCUUUAUUGAAACCUGUGGCACCAACAUUCCCAGUGAACUAGCAUCUUCGCUUGAUUCUGGUACUAUUGAGGUAAUCCUGAGGACCAGUGACAGGGGAAGGUUUCCUGGGUUCUCGGCCACUGUAGUGUGUGUGAGCACUGGCUUACUAGCAAUGACUGGCAAUGAUAACAGUGGAGGACAAGGCUCUAAUUCACGACAAUUGUUUAGUGCCAGAGUUACGCGUCAAGUGGAGUAUGUUAAGCGAAUGAAGAGAAGCACUCUCAGUUUGGAGGAUGCCACAACCCUGGCCUGCAGUGUGGAUGAGGUUAAUGUUCCUUUUAAUGGUGGCAUCACGUACGUCAACAGAGUGGUCACUAUUCUUGACAUGACGAACAUGGCAGUCAUACGCAGGUUGCCAUCACCCAUCAACAAGCUGGUAGUCAUAGAUACCAACGGUACCCAGCUGGAAUUCAUUCGUGAAGCUCCACUGACUAACGAUUCUGUCACAAUCUUCUCAGGACCUGGUCCAUUAACUAGAGCUGGAGUGUUUGUCUUCUUCACAUCAUUUACGACCCUCCCUGAGUUGGGGAACACACCACCGGAGGCUGUAAUCCCUGCUGCUCGCGUGGCGGAUGUCACUGGUAUCCUCCUGGCUGCACAUUCGAGGCUGGCACUUGAGGGUAAUGGUGAGGCCUUAACCCUCGAUGAGUUGGAACCACCCCCCAUUGACUUGGACGGCCUCGGAAUAGAGGGCGAUGAUACUGGAGAUAAUGUUACCACAGCCAAUCCUCGGUUUGCAAGGCAUACUCCUGAAAGAUCUCGUCGAAUAAGACGUUUAACUGAGAAUAUACAGCCUGUGCAAUGCAACUACACUAACAAUGAUGUUGGGCUUGCUGUAUUGAAUCAGAUGACAAUCAACCCCGUCCUGAUCACUAUUAUAGACGUAAUAUUCAACUGCACAGAGAGGGAACAGCCAGGAAGAUUUCAAGAGAUUAUUGAAAGCAUCGCCAUUGACUUUCGAUUCACCCAAGAUGAGUACUUGGUGAGAGAGGAUGUGGGGAAUGUAACAGUUUGUCUGGAAAUAGCCACUGAGGGGUUUUUACCCAGAGAUGUGGUUGUGAGUCUGGUCACAGUAAACGGAAAUGCUACAGAACCUGAGGACUAUAGUUUUGUAAAUACCACCUCGACGUUUUUCAAUGCCACUGCUCAAGGCGGGCCAGGAUCUCUGAUGUGUAUCCAGAUAGAUAUAUUCAAUGACAAUCUGAUAGAGUUUGACGAGAUGUUCGUGGUGACAGCUGACUCACCUGAUCCCAAUGUUAACACCACCUUUAUCAUGGCCACUGUCAUCAUCUUGGACGAGGAUGUAAUGUUCCAGAUCACUAAUUCGCCAGGCUCAUUCACAGUCACUGAGACUGCUAGUACGCUCGCUGAAUCCAUUGUUGUGUCACUGCUUGUGGGAACUCUACCCUUUCCAGUGGAGAUUGUCCUUAAUGACAUUGGAACAGCCAAAAGGAGUGAUGGAGAUUUUACCGCUCCGCUCGUCCUAACGUUUGAUACUGGUUCUGGUCCUGGCGUCUCCUCUUCUGCUCAAGUAACCAUUCUGCGGGACCUACUGGUGGAGGAGAAUGAGACUCUGAUAUUGCAGCUGACCACAAUGCCUCUGGCUCGUUUGGCAUUCCCUGUGGGAGAAGACUUAGUAGAGGGAACUAUUAUGGAUGUCGAUGUGCCUAUUUUUCAGUUGGUGGCUGAGACCAACUUCACCGAAGAAAGUAAUACAAUUGUGCAGCUGUGUGUUGAGCUCGUCCAAUCAACGCUCACGUUUCCAAUUGAUGUACUCGUUCAAGAUGGAACACAGAUGGCAACUUUGUUUGGAAUAUUCUUUCCUGACAACAGACUUGCUACCAUUGGGGAAGACUACCUGAGCUUUGGAACCACAUUGACCUUUGAGGCUGGUUCUGGACCAGGCACCAAGUUCUUUGUAAAUGUCUCUAUACUUCAAGAUGUACCCAUUGAGAUUGAGGAGGUAAUUAUUGUGGUUGCUUCUAUACUCUCAACUCGAGGAGAGUUUUCAUCUGGGGGAGACACUGAUGUCACAACUAUCACUAUUAUUGACAACGAGGCUGAAACGGUGGUGUGUCUCGAACUCACUGAGCCUGAAAACGGAACGAUCACAUAUUCCAUUAACCAACCACCCCCUUUCCCGCUUGGCACUGAGGCUAAGUACACUUGCAACCUUGGCCUAGGACUGGAAGGAGGUGAUGUUCUGAGGGUGUGUCUCGGCGAUGUAGUCAACACUGUAGGACAGUGGAAUGGUGCUGCACCUCAGUGCAAUGCUAUUACCUGUGAGACUCUUUCAGCACCCGAGAAUGGAACGGUGUCCUACAGCACAGAUAAUAACAAUAUAGGUGCCUUUAGUUUUGGAACGGAGGCUUAUUUCAGCUGUGACGUAGGGUUCUCUCUGGUUGGUAAUGAGACAAGGACUUGUGGCGAUGGCAAUAUGACAGUGGGGGAAUUCAAUGGAACAACACCAGCUUGUGAAGCCCUAGGUAGCAUCAAUGGAGGUGCUGCUGCAGAUGUGGUCAUGUUUCGUGAGGAUGCUGGCAAUGUGACUGUCACGUUUCAGCUGGUUGGUGAUGUUGCGGAUCGAGCUUUUGUCGCUGAUGUACAAAACAUUAAUACCACAAGUGGUGUGGACUACUCAUUCGGAGAUCCUACAUCUAGCGUCUCUAGUAACAAUACCAGAGCACUAGUGAGUGUUCCCAUUGAGAUCUUUGAAGAUGUUGUUGCUGAAUUUGAUGAAGUUUUUAUGCUCACCAUUUCGUCUGGCUUGUUCAAUACCAGCAUUACUGUCAUCAUUCUGGACAAUGAUGUGUUCAUCGUGUUUCCAUUUGGAGUACCUGUACUCGAUGUCUUUGAAAACUUCAACACAAACAUCAAUUUUAUUGACCUUCAAACAUUCAAUCAAUUUCCUUUUAUUCUCACUAUAUACUUCACCAAUAACGGCUCUGCUAUAGAGAAUGAAGACUUCAGCAUACACCCAGUAUUCCUGUACCCUAGCACUUCUCAGGAGGGAUCGAGGAACACCACUCAGCUAAUUAUUCUGAAUGAUGAUAUGGUUGAGAUGAACGAGACUAUCCUUCUGUGGCCACACUCCUCUCCUAUUGGACGGCUGGCUUUCAAUGUCGAUGAUGUAGUCAAUGUCACCAUUAUUGAUGAUGACGUCCCCUUAUUCUCAGUAUUACCAGGAGCUACUUCGGCAGCUGAGAGUGACACAACCAUUGUUAAUACCAUACAGCUGGUGGAAGGAGUGUUGACGUACCCUAUAGCCAUCACAAUUCAAACAAACGUUACUGUCGUUUCUCCUGAUCCCAUGUGUCUUCAAACUCGUGGAACAAUUCCUGAGAGUGUCUUCUGCCCUGGUGGCUCUAUCUAUUGCGAGAAUGGAGAGCCAGCCUCUGAAAGCUCUUGCCUGGCCAUUGAGCGUUACUGUGAUGGACAAGUGGACUGUUCCAAUGGGAGAGAUGAAUCUGCUGAAUUCUGUGGAAACUGUAGUCCUGGGACAAUCAUAUGUCUUGGAGAUCCUGAUUUCACUUGUGUAAGCAAUACUCUGGCGUGUGAUGGAAGGGUGGACUGUCCUAAUGGAGUAGAUGAGUCUCCUGAGGCAUGUGGUUGUCCUGUACAGACACAGUUACCGCUUUGCCGCUUCAAUAAUGGGACCACACAGUGCGUGCUGGGUGUGUUCUUGUGUGAUGGGAUAGUAGACUGUGAUGAUGGGUUUGAUGAGAGUACAACCUUGUGUGGGUGUCCUCAAGGCACUGCCAACUGUGCUAACAGUACUCAGUGUGUGUCUUUUGAUUGGUUCUGUAAUGGAGCUCAAGACUGUGAAAAUGGUGGAGAUGAGAUACCGCAAUUGUGUGGAAAUUGCCCAACUGACGAGAUUCUAUGUCCGAACACUACCACAGUGUGUUUGAGUAACCUUCAACUGUGUGACGGUAUUGAGGACUGUCCUGGAGGCACUGAUGAGGCAUUUGAAUUCUGUGGGAGUGGUUUGCCACUGGGCUACAGCUGUGCUGAUGGUUCUGACUGCUUCAUCCCUUUUGGUUUCAUAUGCAAUGGUGUGGAAGACUGCUCUAAUGGAAGAGACGAAGAGAACUGCAGAACAAAUAUUCUACAAUGUUUUGGAGGAGGCUCAACUGGUCAAGUGUCCAUACCACAAUCAAACUUCUGUCCUGGGGGCACUGUCUACUGUGAGGAUGGAGAACCAGCCUCAGGCGCUACUUGUGUACUGAUUGAUAAUUUCUGUGAUGGCAAUGUAGACUGCUCCAAUGGGAGAGAUGAAUCAGAGGAGUUCUGUAGUGAAUGUGGUGAAGGGUUUUUGCAGUGCUCAGUAAUCGAUCCUCAGGGUGAGAAUCAGUGUUUCAGCAAUACCGCCGCAUGCAACGGGGAAUCUGACUGCCAAACCGGAUAUGAUGAAUCUGUGGACCUUUGCGGCUGCCCCAACAUAGAAGAUUUGCGAUUUUGCAAGUUCCUUGAUGGUAGCACUCAGUGUAUCUCGAGCAGUCUGGUAUGUAAUGGAGAGAUAGACUGUGAAAACGGGGAGGAUGAGAGUGUGGACAUCUGUGGGCAAAUUGUCAACAAUCUUCCCAUUUGCCCUUUGGGUAGUGCACCCUGCAUUGAAGAAGCUUCGGAGUGUCUGGUAUUUGAGCGAUUCUGUGAUGGAAUACCAGACUGCAGUAACGGUACGGACGAGAGCAAUGUAAUGUGUGAAAAUUGUACCGCUGGUUUUCUCUCUUGCAAUGAUGAUAACAACACUUGCAUAAGCAAUAUGUUAAUUUGUAAUGGACAGCUGGAUUGUCCCAAUGGCAAAGAUGAGUCAUCGUUUAUCUGUCAAGGACCUAUUGGACUUGGCUUCAAUUGUGGCGAUGAGAACAACUGUUUUCUUCCUUUUCCGUAUGUCUGUGACGGGGAACCAGACUGCCCCAAUGGAAAUGAUGAAAUCGACUGCAAUUCACGGUGCCCCAGUGUUGGACCUGAUUUUCCUAUACCAUUGCCACAAUUUUUCUUCUGUCCUGGUGGUACAAUUUACUGCAAUUCUGGGGAGCCAGUUUCAACAAGCAGCUGUAUCCCCAUUGAAAGCUUUUGUGACGGAGUUAUAGAUUGCUCCAAUGGUCGUGAUGAGUCUACAGCUCCUGGAGAAUUUUGUGGAAAUUGCUCCACUGGGUUUAUUCAGUGUCCUGGUGACCCGAAUAUGACCUGUGUCGAAAACUCUCGCGGCUGUGAUGGGGUAGUAGACUGUCCUGAUGGAAUAGAUGAAUCAGCCAUUGCCUGCGGUUAUCCUGGUGAAGAUGAGCUACCACUGUGUUUGUUGCCAGAUAGCAAUUUUCCGCAAUGUCUUUCAAGGUCCCGCCUGUGUGAUAGAGUGAUAGACUGUCUUAAUGGGAUUGAUGAAAACGUUGGUUCUUGUGGAUUGGCUCUAGGGAUUACGUUGCUGUGCCCCCCUGGCAUGUCCCAAUGUAAUGAAGAGAUGUGUUUACCAUUUGAGAGAUUCUGUGAUGGAGUACCCGAUUGUGCGGGAGGUACUGAUGAGACGAUACAAACAUGUGGCACUUGUGAAACUGGUACUGUUCUUUGUUCACUGGACCCGAGCAAUAUAUGUGUCAACAACACGGCGAUGUGUGAUGGAGCGGUGGACUGUCCAAAUGGCAUUGAUGAGUCAAAUUUCUUCUGCAGGGGGUUCAGGUGUGAUAGUGACUCUAGCUGCUACAUUGCAUUUGAUCUAGUCUGUGAUGGUAUUGAGCACUGCCCAAAUGGAGAUGAUGAGCAAAACUGCAACACACUGAUGUUCCCUGCUGGAUCCGUUCCUGGAAAUGAGGUGUUCUUCAGUACAGUAGUUUUUGAUGACAGCAUUGUUGGGAACGACAGACUGAUAACCACUACAUUGACAGUGAUGCCUCCCGGAGUGUUCACUUCCGGUGGGAAUGUGACAAAUACUACUCUGAUGGUUAUUGACAAUGAUGACCCCCCUGUCAUCCUCAUCCAACCAGCUGAUGUAGAGCUUCCGGUUAACUCAACAGCAAUCUUUUCAGUCGUAGCUUCUGGCAGUGAAUUGUCUUAUCAAUGGUUUAUGGCGGCAGACAUUACUGUACCCCUCUCAGAUUCAGAUGAAUUUUUGGGGUCAAUACCCCUACUUUGAUAGUAUCUGUAGUUGGACGCACUUUCUUUGGCGUAUUUUUCGUGAAUGUGUUUAAUUCCAUCGGAUCUGUCGACUCUAAUCUAGUCGUAUUAUCAUUAGUUUGCCCGGGUGCCGAUGAUUUCAACCCAGCUUCCUCCUGUCAGCAAAUCCUCGAUUGCGAUCCGUCCUCUCCGAGUGGUGACUACUGGUUAGAAACACUCUCUGGCACUCAAUUGCUGAGGACUUGCGACAUGAACAUAACAUGCGGUAAUGUUACCGGAGGCUGGCUGCGCAUUGUCAAUGUGGACACCAGAGUAAAUGGUGUGCAAUGUCCUGGCACUCUUGGUGAGGUGGGGUUUUCUGGUGGGCUGAAUGUUUGUAGAAGGACUGCAGAGGAAGCAGGUUGCUCUGAAGCAUUCUUCAUAACCAAUACUAGCUAUAGCCAGGUGUGUGGCAAGGUUAUCGGAUAUCAAGUUGCUGCCACCGAUACGUUUGGGCCUAAUACCCGAUCAAGAGGUAUAGAUGAUGCUUAUCUUGAUGGUGUCAGUCUAACUUAUGGGUUCAGUCCUCGCAAUCAUAUCUGGUCUUUUGCUGCUGGACAUACUGAAGCAGCGACUUUUUUGUUUUCAAAUUGCCCCUGUACUAACAUUAACUUUGCCUCUGAAUCUACCAUGCCUCCAAACUUUGUGGGUAACGACUAUUUCUGUGACACUGGAACCGAAGACCCAACUGAUUUCUUUGUGUAUGCGGAUGAUCCAUUAUGGGAUGGUGCUGGCUGUGGAGCCAAUAGUACCUGCUGUUCUUUCAACAAUCCUCCAUGGUUUUUUAAAGAGUUUGGUGAUUCAUUGACUGAUGAUAUCGAGAUGCGAGUAUGCCGCGACCAAGUGAGAUCAGAGGAAGAUGUGGUUAUACAACAAAUAGAAUUGUACAUUAGGUAGUAUAAUGCUUCAAGAAGCAAGCUGUGUAAAAGUGAACAUUCUUUCUCUGCCAGAAAACUUAAUUAUACUAUGGGCAGUUAGAGCAGAUCUUAAGUUAUCUUAUGUAGAUCUUCAAUGAUGUGCUGUAUUAAUAAUUUUUAUAUACCUUGAUCAGAGCAAUUUGAUAUUUAUACUUAUUAUGCAACAAUGAA